AUGCCACGCCUCCUCCUCCUCCUCGUAUUCACUCUAGGCCCAGCAGAUGCCUUCGAGGCCUCAAAGUUCCGCACCUGCUCGCAGUCGCACUUUUGUUCGGACUUCAGCCCGACGGCCGCGCCGCUGCCUCCCUCUCUCUCUCUCUCUUCCAUGACGCGGACAGCGACCGGCGUGCGAGCCGUGGCCGGAUACAGAGGCGAGGGCGGCAGCGCAGUGGUGUCGUUCGAGCUGCUCGUCGAGCCGCUCCGCACGGCGGCCGCUGCCGAGGCUCCAGCGUGGCGCGUGCGCCUGCUCGGCGGCGCCAACUCGUUCCUCGCCGCCUCACACCUCUCGCUCGCCGCGCUGAAUCCGGACACCAGCGCCGACGUGGCGCUGUCGUUUGAGAUGGAGGCGGUCCCCGGGCCGGAAGGCGCCGGCGCACCGGCGGCGCACGUGCUGCGUGCCCGGAGCGGCCGCUGGGUGAGUGAGCUCGAGCUCCUCUCGGCGCCGCUGCAGGCGCAGCUGCGCGUAUACGAGGCGGGCUUCGCUCGGCCGGCCGCGCCGGUGGCGGUGCUCAACGGGCGUGGGAUGCUCCGCUUUGCGGCGGGCGUCGGCCUGUACGGCUCGCUGCCGUUCCUCCUCGCGCACGGCGGCGGGGCGGGCGGCGGCGGGGCGGGCGGCAGUGCCGGCGUGCUCUGGCUCAGCGCGGCCGACACGUACGUCGACCUCUGGCGCGGCGGCGGCGGCGGCGUGGUUUCUCAUUGGCUGAGCGAGGGCGGCGGGAUGGACGUGGUGCUGCUCGGCGGACCGGGCGACGAAGACGUGGUUCGCCAGCUGGGCGCCCUGACUGGGACGCCUCCGCUGCCGCCGCUGUGGUCUCUCGGGUACCACCAGUCGCACUGGAACGUCAAGAGCCAGCCGCAGCUUGAGGGGAUCGACGCCAACGCCGACCGGCUCGGCUGGCCCCUGGACGGCCUCUGGCUCGACAUCGAGCACGCGCAGGCCAAGCGCUACUUCACGUGGGACGGCGCCGCCUUCCCCGACCCGCGAGGGAUGGCGGCGGCCAUCGAGCCAAAGGGGCGGAGGCUCGUCGCCAUCGCCGACCCGCACUUGCGCGCAGCGCCGGAGUACGAUAUCUACGCGGCCGCCGCCAACGCGUCCCUUCUGGUGCGGCCGCCGCCGAGUCGUGGAGGCGGCGACGCAGGCAGAAGCGGAGGCGGCGACGGCGAGGGGGGCGGCGAGGGGGGCCUCGUCGGCGGCGCCGCUUUCGAGGGCGAGUGUUGGCCGGGCGUCUCUUCUUGGGUCGACUUUUUGCAGCCGCGCGCGCAGCAGUGGUGGGCGCAGCUCUACUCGGGUGCGGGCGAGGGCCGCCCUCGGAGGUGGCCCUCGUGGCUGCACGCCUGGAACGACAUGAACGAGCCGUCCGUCUUCUCGGGCGCCGAGCUCACGCUGCCGCGCGACGCUCUGCACGUGGUCCAAGGCGCGCCGGCUCCCUCGCCGUCGUCGGUCGAGGUGGAGCACCGGCUAGUGCACAACCUGUACGGCGCGCUGCAGGCUGCCGCCACCUUCGCCGGCCUCUCUGCGCGGGCGGGCCUCCCAUCCGGCGGGGAGAGGCCCUUCCUCCUCUCGCGCAGCUUCUUCGUCGGCUCGCAGCGACACGGCGCCGUGUGGACGGGCGACAACACCGCCAGCUGGGACCAGCUCCGCCUCUCCGUGCAGAUGGUCCUCGCCCUUGGCGUCUCGGGGCUUCCCUUCACCGGCGCAGACGUGGGCGGCUUCUUUGGCACGCCUCCGCCCGAGCUGCUGCUGCGCUGGCACCGGUACCAGUCAGCGUCGCACUUGCCUUUCUUCCGCAGCCAUGCACACGUCGACUCGCCACGGCGCGAGCCGUGGCUGCUGCCGCAGCCGCACGCGGCGCACGCGCUCGAGGCGUUGCGCGAGAGGCAGCGCUUGCUCCCCUUUUGGUACACGCUCUGCUGGGACGCCGCCUCUGGCGCUCUGCCGUCUGCCGAGGGCUUGCCCCUCGUGCGGCCGCUCUGGCUCGGAUCGGGCGGCGGAGGGUCGCCGCCCGCCUCGCCGGCGGGCGCGGGGAAGCCCGUCCCGCGGAGCGCGCUGCUGCUGGCGGACACCGCCUUCACCGUCGGCGCCGAUCUGCUCGUGUUUCCGGUUGCGACCAAGGGCGCGAGCAACGUCGAGGUGCCGCUGCCGGUGCACGGUUGCGGCGGUGCGCCGUGUGAGUGGUUCUCCGUCUCGUCGGGCGCGAGGCUGCGCGGCGGCUUCUGGCACAGCGAGCCAGUCGGACUCGGGUCGAUGCCUCGCUACCAGCGCGGCGGGUCCAUCUUGCCACGGCGCGAGCGGGUACGCCGCUCCGCGCUGCUGGCCGUGUGGGACCCGAUCUCUCUGCACGCCGCUCUCGACGCGGCCGGGCAUGCGGCCGGCCGGCUGUACCUCGACGACGGCGUCACGGCGCGCUUGCCCGCCGCCCUCCACGAGCACCAGCAAAGCGGCGGUUUGCUGGAGGCGGCGCGAGCCGGGGCGGCUACCGCGCCAGAGAGUGAGCUAGAAGGCGCGCCGCCGCAGCACGCUGCCCGCUCCGCCGGCGCCGGCGUCGGCGCUCUGCUGCUGUUCAACGUGACGUGCGAGGAGAAGCGGAGUGCCCAGAGCACCGACGGCGGAGGAGGUGGCCACGUCGUCCGCUGCAUCCUCUCGUCGCGGCCGACCCGCCCGCUGGCGCUCGGAGAGUCGGUUGGGCCGCUCCCCGCGUCGGUCUAUGUGGAGCGGGUCUUGCUGCGCGGUCUCUCGCCGCUCGUCGUCGACCAGUCGACCCGGCUCGCCGAUUGGCUUCCCUCCUCACUCGCCCCCGGUUCGGGCAAGAGGCCGACGGCCAGCGUCGGAGGCGCCGCGCCGCGGCCGCUGGGCGGCAAGGUGGAGGCCACGCCCCACGGGUUGCUGCUGGAGCGGCUGCACUUGCCGUGCGAUGAGGCGUGGGACAUAGAGGUGCCGGGGGCCGUGCUUGAUGGAUAGGCGCGCGGACCGGGCUUGGUGAGCCGCGUGGCGGUGGGGCCGGCCGCCGGGUGGUGUUUGUCGGGCGGGGUGGCUUGCGCGCGCGUCCGAUCGAAGCUGUUCAUGAAAGACCAAAAUAAAAGUUCCAGAGCGAGUGACGGAUAAAGUCGUGUGAACGAGCUGUGAAAGCCAAAGUAUUGCCCGCCGCAGGCGAAGAAAUUUUUC